AUGCCCACUACCACCACCACCACCCCGGCCCCCCUCCUCGACAUGCCAGCGCCGUCGACGGACGCCACGGCCACUAACGGCGUGGCCAGUCGGCGGCUGCUGCUGCUGUGCGCCAACUACGCCGCGCUUCUCGGCGGCUCCGUGGCGUCCAGCCUGCUGUCCCGGUACUACUUCGCGCACGGCGGGUGCGAUCGGUGGGUGGCCACGCUGGUGCAGUCGGUCGGGUUCCCAGUCCUGCUCGUGCCCGUCUAUGCCGGCCGGUCCCGGUCCGCCUCCCAGCCCCGGCCGUUCGCGUGGUUCACGCGGCGGCUGCUGGCCGCGUGCGUCGUCAUCGGCGUCCUCAUGGGCGUCAACAACCUGCUCUUCUCCUACAGCUCCUCGUACCUGCCCGUGUCCACCUCCUCGCUGCUGCUGUCCACGCAGCUGGCCUUCACGCUCGUGCUCGCCGCCGUCAUCGUGCGCCACCCGCUCACCUUCUCCAACCUCAAUGCCGUCGUGCUCCUCACGCUCAACUCCGUGCUGCUGGCGCUCCGAUCGUCCGACUCGGCCGAGCACCCCGACGGCGGGAGCCGGGCCAGGUACUUCGUGGGCUUCGCCGUCACGCUCGGCGCCGCGGGGCUCUUCGCCGCCUACCUGCCGGUGAUGGAGCUGUUGUACCGCAGGGCCGUGUCCGGCGGCUUCCGCAUGGCGGUGGAGGUGCAGGUGAUCAUGCAGGCCGCCGCGACGGCCCUGGCGUUCGCCGGGCUGGCCGCGGCUGGUGGGUGGCGGGAGGAGCUGGAGCGCUGGGACCUCUCGCCGGCCGCGUACUGGGCGGUGGUGGCCGCGCUGGUGGUGACGUGGCAGGCCUGCUUCAUGGGCACCGCCGGGAUGGUGUACCUGACGUCGUCGCUGCACAGCGGCGUGUGCAUGACCGCCGUGCUGACCGCCAACGUGAUCGGCGGCGUGGUCGUGUUCCGCGACCCGUUCGGUUGGGAGAAGGCCGUGGCCAUGGUGCUCUGCGUCUGGGGCUUCUCCUCCUACCUGUACGGUGAGUACAGCAGCACGCAGCAGGCGCAGGAAGGCGACGGCAAGGUUGCGGCGGCCGCCGGCGAUGGGCACAAGAGUGUUGCUAGUGGUGGUGUGGGAGGAGGAGGAGGAGGUGCAGUUGAAACCGUUUGA